GCUGUUGAAGCAUUGGAAAAAGUUAUAAGCUACCAAGAAAGUCUUGAAGUUGGAAAGGGAUUUGAUGAGAAUGGAUUAAAAAUGUUGCGAAAAAGGCUUAAAGAAUGGCAUUAUGAAAGGGAAAAAAAUAAAAAACAAUCUUCACUUAUAUCUUUUUUUAGUUGUAUUAAUGAACCUGAUAUCAGCAUCACACUCUAG